GUUUAGUCUCCGAACGUUUCCACCUGAGAUUAGUCGAAAUUCGCGGAGCAGUAUAAAGUAAAGGUGUCUUUUAUUCCACUACUGCCUAUAAUCUUGCUCCCAUCUUAAGUAGGCGACGCGACGCUUCCAAAUAUGUCGCGAUACGUGGGCAUUUUCGCGAUAUUAUCGCUAAUUUUACCUUCAGUUUUAUGCGAAGGGUACUAUUCUAUUGUUGCACCUGGAACAAUACGACCGAACUCAGAAUAUCAUGUAGCUGUUAGCGUUCACAAGAAUUCGGAGCCGAGUUCCAUUAAAGUUGGAAUUAUUAGUGCAACUUACUCUAAUUUCCAAACGGUGGAUCUACGACCAUAUUCAACAAAACUAAUAAGAUUCGAGAUUCCCGCCCUAAAAAGGGACAGAUACAACCUUACAGCUGAAGGCAUAAGUGGUGUAGAAUUUACCAAUGAAACAAUACUCAAUUUCGAGGAUAAAGAAAUAUCAGUAUUAGUUCAAACUGACAAAUCUAUUUAUAAGCCAGGCGACAAGGUGAACUACCGAAUUUUGGUACUCGAUUCAAAUCUUCGGCCAGCAAAAAUUUCAGAGGCCCCUGAUGUCGUUAUAAGGGAUGGCAUGGGCAAUCGAAUUCGCAUGGAGAAAAGCGUGCGGUUAAUUUCAGGAGUAUAUUCUGGAGAAUUACAACUGUCGAACUUCCCGGUGCUAGGAGAAUGGUCAAUUGAAAUCAAUAUAAUGAAUAACACUUACGACAAAAUGUUUGAAGUUGCAGAGUAUGUUUUGCCGAAGUUUGAUGUCAGCAUCGAAACACCACGUCAUGCUAUCUAUAAAGAUGGGAAGAUCUCAGCCGUUAUUAGAGCCAAAUACCACUUUGGUAAAGCAAUCAAGGGAGAAGCAACUAUCUCUAUCUAUCCUAAAUUCUAUGGAGCCAUCCAGCCUUUCCUGUACGACUUGAUAACAAGAAAAGUUGUUCCAAUCAAUGGAAAAGCGAGUGUAGAGUUCGACAUUAAAGAAGAACUGAAAUUCAAGGAGGACUACCAACGUGAUAUUAUGAUAGAAGCAAUUGUUGAAGAGGCUGCAAAUGGAAGGAAGCAGAAUACAACAACAAUAGUUACUAUUCAUAAAGAUAAAUACAUCAUUGAAACCGUGAAGAUCCCCAGAACGUAUAUACCGAAUGUGCCAUUCGAAGUUAUAGCUAAAGUUGUCCAACAUGAUGGCACUCCAGUCCUCGACUCCACAAAUCCCAUUAUGUCUUAUGUGUCGAAAGGUUUAAGUGGAGAUAACAUGAAUAAAACUGAACAUAAGCUGGAUAAUUCUGGUAUGAUGAAAAUGAUGGUCACAUUGCCGGAUGAUGACACUGACUCGUACUCAAUAAACGUGGAAUAUUUGAAUGUACUCUCCAGUCUUGGCCUUGUUACAAAGAAGACAAAUUUGAAUGGUAAAUUUUUGCAGAUUGAAGUUCUAACAUCCAAGCCAACACUUAACAAUGAAAUUGAAGUCGCAGUACGGUCUAAUAACUCAAUAAAAUACUUCAUCUAUCAAGUUCUAGGACGUGGAGACAUAUUGGUUUCCAAUGUCGUAGAUGUUCCAGAUACAGAUCGUAUAGUGUUCAAAUUCUUAGCUACUUCUGCUAUGGUUCCUCGAGCUAAACUGUUCGUGUAUUACGUCGACAAUGGUGAUUUCGUCUUCGACGAGGAAACUAUUAUGUUGGGCGAGGAUUUGGGAAAUUUCGUUCGAAUCGAUGCGCCAUCCAAAACGACUCCGGAUCAAGAUGUUGAUAUAACAAUAACUACGAAGCCCAACUCAUAUGUUGGUCUUAUGGCCAUUGAUCAGAAUUCAUUAUCAUUGAAAACUGGCAAUGAUAUCACACAUGCAACCCUUGCCGAAGAACUUACAAGUUACGACUCUAUUACUCCUGGUUCUGAUAACCUCGUAAGAUAUCCCGGCCAGGAAUCUGGGGUCAUAACACUAACGAAUGCCGAUUUUAUCAUCGAAAGACCCAUCUCUCAAGUUUCAACCACUCAAGAACCAGUGACCGAAAGCGCCGACAGUUCAAAGGAAACUACCAUUAAAAAGACAGAUAUUGGUCCAGCACAUAAAUUUGAAUUGAACACCAAACCACCUUUAGCUGGUCCAUAUGCUUUCAGUCGUAUUCCAAAACCAUUUUGGAAUCGACCACGAGUUCAUGUUAUGAGCGAUAUCAUGGAUACAUGGCUGUUUAUGAACAUUUCAUCUGGAAACGAAGGACGUACUACAAUUCAUCGGAAGGUUCCUGAAACGCAAACCUCUUGGGUGCUGAAAGGUUUCUCUUUAGAUCCAGUCACUGGCCUGGGACUGUCAACCUCACCGCGGCAUACUCAAGUUCUUCAACAAUUCUUCAUAAGAACAGAUCUUCCGUAUUCGAUUAAAGCAGGCGAAGUCAUAUCGAUACCAGUCGUAGUUUUCAAUUAUUUGGACAGGAGUUUGGAUGCAGAGGUAACCCUGUAUAACACAGCUCAAGAAUUUGAAUUUGUUGACGUGAACAACGAAAUAUCCGAAACAAAUCCAAAAAUCAAACUAUACUUGAGGAAAUCCGUCAAUGUACCCACCAACACCGCACAAUCUCUCGCGUUUAUGAUACGGCCAAAGAAAGUUGGCUCGAUUACAAUAAAAUUAACUGCAAACAGUCCCCUUGGAGGUGAUACCAUUGAAAAAAUAUUACGAGUCGAACCAUCUGGUGUCACUGAAUACGUGAACAAAGGCUUCCUCAUGGACCUUCGUGGUAAACCUGAGCAAACCGAAAACAUCACAAUUGAUGUUCCUCGAAAUACUAUCGAAGAUUCAGUGCACAUUGAAGUAUCAGUGGUUGGAGAUUUAAUAGGGUCGACUAUAAAAAGUUUAGAUAAAUUGAUUCAACUGCCUCAUGGAUGUGGUGAACAGAAUAUGAUCACAUUCAUUCCUAAUGUUUUGAUAUUGAAAUAUUUAGAGAAAUCAAACCAGCUAACUCCCGCAAUCGAAAUUCAAGCUAAGAAGUAUCUCGAUCUUGGAUACCAACGACAACUUACCUAUAAGCACAAAGAUGGGUCAUUCAGCGCUUUCGGUUCAACAGAUAAAACUGGAAAUGUGUGGCUAACAGCGUACGUAGCCAGAUUCUUCCGUCAGGCUUCAAAGUAUACUCAAGUCGAUGAAGAGAUCAUCACGAAUGCUCUUGAAUUUUUGGCGAAAAAUCAAGCGGCAAAUGGAAGUUUUGUCGAAAUUGGCACCGUCCUGGAGAGACAACACGCUUUAAGCAUGGACAAAGGAGUUUCAUUGACUGCUUUCGCUCUGUUGGCUUUUCUUGAAAAUGCGAAUCAACUUCCUAAAUAUCGGAAUGUGAUCAGCAAGGCUACCGAUUACAUAGUAAGAAAUGCAGAUACUAACGGAGAUGUUUACUCAUUUGCUGUCGCUACCUAUGCUCUCCAAAUGGCAGAUCAUAGUUCCAAAGGAUCGUUCAUCCAAAAUCUAGACAGCCGCGCAACAACAGACGCUGAUAAGAAAUGGUGGAGUGAACCUGUUCCUGACAGUGAAAAGAAGAGUCCGUGGUAUUCGAAACCACGAACCCUGGACAUUGAAAUUACUUCAUAUGCUUUGGCUGCUUAUUUGGAGGCUGGACUUAUUACCGAUUCAUUGCCAGUCUUGAAAUGGCUAAUAUCUCAGAGGAACAUCAACGGAGGAUUCGAAUCUACUCAAGACACAAUUAUGGGCUUGACGGCUCUAAUUAAGUUUUCAGAGAAGUUAUCGUUUGAGGGUAGUAACGUACAAGUGGUAUUUAGUUAUGGCGAUGGUGCUGAAACUAGGAUGAACGUGAAUGAGGUCAAUUCUAUAGUGCUUCAAACGUAUACGCUACCAUCAUCAGUACGUCAAGUAACAGUAACAGCCUCAGGGCACGGGGUUGCAUUGGCCCAGAUUUCGUAUAAAUAUAAUGUUAAUGUCACCGGAGCUUGGCCUAGAUUUUCACUGGACCCACAAGUAAAUCGAAUGUCCCACAGUGAAUAUCUUCAUUUGUCUAUAUGCACAAGCUUCGUACCCACACCAGGAGGUGCCAAUGAAUCCAAUAUGGCUGUGAUGGAAGUUUCUUUCCCUAGUGGAUUUACAGUUGACUUGGACACACUACCUUCGUUGGAAGCGACCAAGCGUAUUAAGAAAGUCGAAACCAAAAUGAGCGACACUGUGGCACUUAUAUAUUUCGAAAGUCUUGAUCGCAAUGAGGUCUGUCCGACUUUGGAUGCCUUCAAAACACAUAAAGUUGCUAACCAGAAACCUGCUUCAGUUAUUAUCUAUGAUUAUUAUGACAACGUUCACAAAGCACGGAUGUUCUACUCAUCCCCGAGGGCAACUCUCUGUGAUAUCUGUGAAGGAAAAGAUUGUGGUCCAUCCUGUGCUGAACGAGCGGAAACUCGACAAUCCUCUCGGGAAGAUGAGAACGAUGGUUCCAGCACAGAUAAUAAGUCAAGUUCUACGUGGAUUUUGCCAUCUAUUGCCGUUAUAAUUAUGUCAAUAUUAAUGACUCGAUUAUAAUUACUAUAAUUAACCAGUCUGCUUGCACUUUUUAAACCAUAACAAAGAAAAAAGACUAAAAAGUACCUAUACGUAUGUAAUAUUAAAGCUAAAAGCAUUUCAAAACGUAUUGUUAAGGAAAAAUAAUUUUAUGUUUAUGAUUUAGAUUAAGCUUAUAUACUAAUACAAGUAACUAAAGACUAGCGUCCGUUUUAAACUUGA